AUGCAAAAGUUUGUUGGCAGCAAUCAAUGGAUUGACUCUUAUUCGGUCAAGGCUUUGACACCAAUUUUGCGCCCGAGCGACGAGGUCAUCGUCUUCCCGUUGGGUAUCAAUCCCGGAGACCUUUUGGCGGUGCGGGUCUUGACCUCGAGACCGCAGCUGGUGAACGUGACUGACCCUGUGGGCAAAGUGACGCAGUUCCCGGCCCCGCCGGGAAUAAUAAUGGCAGCACAAAAUGGUGUGAUGACAUCGAUGGCUUUCAAGUGCAGCACCGAGGAGAAAGCCAGGGAUGAACAGAGCACUCCAUUCUUCUACCCUGAUUUCAACGACAGCCACUGGCCUGCUGCAUCGGAGCAACAAGAAGGCUGCUGCCCUUGGCGGGAUCCUUUCGACAUCUGGGGCCGCCUCAAUGCCAAGUGGAUUGGCCUCAACCCUGCCACCUUCGUGAACAUUUCUGGGCCUCGCAACUUCAACUGCCGCUACCGGAUCCCAGGAGACACUGUACCGGUGAAUUUGCCAGCUGCUGAAGUCGCCCGAGCAAAUACCGAUGUCCCGAUGUUGAACGUGUCUUCCGUCGAGCUGUCAACCUCCGUGACGAAGAUGACGAUCACCGUGGAUCGAAAUGCAGAUGCAUAUUGUGGCAUCAUUGAUGCGCGAUAUCAGCUUCGCUCCCCGACUCACAAUGAGCUAAAGCGGUGGGGUGCAGGCUUGCUGGACUUAGCAGGGGAAAUGUAUGUCUUCUACCUGAUCGACGGUAUCGAGUUCACAUCUCGAGAGCUCGAUGCACCCGUGCUCUAUAGAGUUUCUGUCGAGGACGAGGAAGGCUGUGAAGCCCAAUGCCUCCUUUACGAUGAGUGCGUCGCCCUAGAGUACUACUCAGCAGGUAUACACACGCAGACAGGCACCAACUGCAAACUCAUCAACGGCACCUACAACUCUUCUUUUAGGCAGGACCCCUCUUUGCUGGCAAGCUUCAUCCAAAAGUACAGAGUUUUGAUUCGGCCGCCCCACACUCUGACCGUCAGUGGCUUGCUUUUCCCUGCUACGGUCUACAACGUUUACUGCUCCGUCGAAGAUCCCGCGACCGGGAACCACUCCACAUGGACGAUGAUCUCUACGCAAGUUUUUUCAGGCCGAUCGGAAGGCUGCUUCGAUUGCGGAAACACUUUGCCUCCCAGCAUCUACGUUCGAGGUGGAUGGGCUGGGACGGAAAGCAUUGGCGUUGUGGUUGGUGCCAGUGCAACAGGCCGUCUGUUCUGCAGUGCUUUUGAGCAGAAUGUCAGCUUUCCCCCCACCAUCUCACCUGCAACGGUCCGGGCCCCAAACUAUUUCGGCAUUCUGACAUCCACAUCGAAUUCGAUUGCCAUCACGAUCGCAAAUCUUCAGCCGACAACACCUCAUAUCGUGGCUUGCAUGGCCGAGUCAGACACCGGGGCCGAGAGCACCCAAGGCCAAGUGGACCUUACAAGGCGCGAGAUUUCCACCGAGGAAGUUCCCGUCACGAUCAGCUCCAUGAGAAUCACGCGCGAGGCCGAAUUACUUGGUGACACCAUCUCAGUGACGACUCAGCUGAUAGACGUGGGGUAUCUUUGGUGCGGAAACUUCCUGUCUGCGAAUGCACGCCAACUUGGUGUGCCGGCGGCGGCUGUGCUGCAGGAAACGGCGGCAAGAACAAAGGUAAUCACCAUCCAGGAUGUGUCGGCCGUCUCGUUCCCCGAACUCGACCGGAACACAUCGUACGAGGUCUGGUGCACUGCGGAGUUCAAUGACUUUCAGAACGAUGAGGGAGGGCAGGAGCUGCUGGUGCCUUUCCCCAUCAGCACGGUCAUGAGUAUCACAACAUCGUACUACACGGCUGCAAUCCUGGUGCGCCUGAGCAAGGGGCCGGCGGACGUCUACUGCGAGGCCAUUCCCUGGGCACUUCGACCGACGACGCAGCGCCCGGCACAGCCUGCAAGGGCGCAACUCAUGGCUUCGCCCUACCGGACCACAUACUUUGAAGCCGAGCCUGGCGGUCUCGUCUCGAUCACCAUUCUCGAGCUCACGCCGGGCAGGAAUUACGACGUAUAUUGUUACUCAGAGACGUAUUUGCCGCCGUCAGAGACCGGUGUGGACACGGCACCGCGUUUCGGCAUGGAUGCCGAGUCCAUCCUCAACACACGAACGAGGUUCAUAACCGAAGGUCCCUUCUUCGAUGAUUUGGGCUGGUCCUGCGUGUCCGGAUACACUUGUAAUGUCACUGGUCUGCUGGGGCAGCGGCUGACGGCUGGAGACGGACUAUUGGUGCGAGCAGACGGAUGCCCGGAGAGGUGUCGAUGCAACGGCGUAGCGGACCCACUGAGCAAGGGCGCUAUGUGCUCGGAGAUCUCGCAGGACCCAACAGUGCAGGCAGGGGUUGGCAUCGCCGAUGCACGUGAUCCUUUGGGUGCCUGGUGCUAUGUGGACCCGGGGCUAUGCGAUGACGAGAUGGCCUCUGCAGUGUUUCCCGACCUCAUGAUUUCUUACGAAGUCUGCACGUACCGUAUGCAGGCUGGAACGGGGGCUGGAGUCGCUGGCUUCCCAAAUGGCGGCCUGGCCACAAACUUGCUGGAUGGCGCAGCCUUCAGCUUCGGCGAAGACUUGGUGAUUGCUUUCGGUGCCACCUACGACCUCUGCUGGUGCAACGGCACCGAGACGUCCUGUAUCAGCGAGGCCGAUUUUUCGGUGCGCAUCGGACCUCUGCACUUCAGCGGGCCGACGGUACAACAGUCUGAAAGGGAAAUCCGCUGUAUCGCGGGGAUGCCAUGCCACAUCCCAAACUUCCAGGGCCAAGCCAUCGAGGAAGGUUCUCGCCUUGUGGUGCUGCCUGACGAUCCCGCCGGCUGCAGAUGGCAGCGGGCCAGCCUGGCUGAUCCGCCAGGCCUGUUGGAUUUCCCCAACUCUGGCGUGUCAGAUCCCUACGACAAGGAUCGUCGCCAGUACGAUUUCAUGGGCGUGCCGCUGAUUGCUCCAGGGGGACGCUACAACUUAUGCUGGUGUGGUCCACGAGCAGUAGGAACCAUUUUGGUCCCUGGCAAAGACUACCGACAGCCAGACGGCAUCAUUCCACCACCUUGUCCACCCGUCCGAGACGAGGACGGUGGGAAGUUUCUUUCCCCAGCUGGACAUCUCAUAGUUGUGGGCCCGCGGGGACAGGAAGACUCCUUAUGCCGACUUGGGGUGGACUGCAUCAUCCCGCGGAUUGUUGGCACAGGUUUACAAGGUGGAGACCGCGUGUUGGCGCUGAAGGUUUGUGGUGAAGCAGCCCACCCUCCAGUUGGCUGGCGUCAAGGCGCGGAGACGCUCGGGCCACCCUGGAUGAGUGCAGGGUGGAUGACGCAUGGGCCGGCUCUCUCGGAGUUGAUGCUGACAGAGUUCGGUGCACCCGGCGCUCCCAAUCGGCCUGGCAUGAAUGACACGAAUCGCGGUGUCUAUGGCUUUCCCAACUUCGGCAUGUCGCGACCGUCAUCCAAGGCUGGCUAUGCAGACUGGGGCGGCCCGACGUGGUCCUUCGCAGGCACCUACUUGCUGUGCUGGUGUGGUGCCGACUCCACUCUGCAAGGUUGCCACUCGCCAGAAGACUUCCUGGUUCCGAUCGGGCGGCUGAUCAUCUCGGGACCUGCGGUUCUUCCUUUGGCUGGACAGCGCUACCGCUGUGUUCGGAUGCGGCAGUGCGAGAUCGAGAAUUUCCAAGGUACCAUGCCGCCGGCCUCGCAGCUCGCGGUCGCGUCAGGAGAAUGCGGAACCGAAAGCCCUGUAGGCAUGCCUCGCUAUGGGCAGUCGAUUCCUUCAGCAGAUGGCUCCCACUUUGUAUGGGGCCCGGAGCGUGUGACGGCAAACCCCGGCGUCUAUCGACUCUGCUGGUGCAGCGAAGGGCAGAACUGCAUCCUUCCGACGCAUUUUAUGGCCUAUGCAGGAAUCUUGCAGGUGAAAUGGCCAACGUUCUCGCCGGACCUCUUCUUCUGCGAACUCGGGCGCCUUUGCAACAUCUCGGGGGUCCAAGGCGAAGGCCUCAGCAAUAACGACAAGGUGAUGUUGCUGACCAAGUGCGGCGAGGGGCUCGAGGAGGCUACGACAUUCAUGGAAGGCUCGAUGUCCAUCGCAACGUACGAGGACGGCGGGAAGUUCCUCCUGCCCGCAUCGGUGCAGUCUGGUACGUACCUGGUUUGCUGGUGCGCAGCCGAGAACACAUGCCAGUAUCCACGGGACUUCACCGUGCGGCUGGGUCGCUUGGAGCUUGGCGGCCCAGUCCCAGACUUUGUCUACCGCUGCUUCGAGUGGCAACCCUGCGAGAUCCGGGACCUGGAGGGCACAACCCUGCAGGAUGGGGACAGGCUCUUGGCAGUCCCAGAUGGCACCGACUGCAAAGCUGCUAGUCUGACGCCUCAAACGGGCUUCCCCCGCAACGGCGUGACCCUGCCAGCGACCAAUGGAGGUCGCUCCUUCUCCUGGGGCCCGGGUCUGAUGCGUGCAGCCCCGGGACACUACAUGCUAUGCUGGUGUGGCAACGUCACUGCCGGAAGCUGUGGCGAGGAUGGGCCAUUCACUGUUCCUGCUGGCGUCAUCCGCGUGGCCACGAGCCGCGAGUUUCAGUUCGUGAACCGGCCAGAGGAGAACCCGGAACGGAGCUGGGACUCCGAGCUGAGUCUGCUACUGGCCGUGCCGCUGCCAGCUCUAUUCUUCGGGGCUAUCUGCCUCGGCGUGUCAAGGGUACGGGGCAGGAGGCAGGUGCGCGACGAGCCCGAGGCCCCGCCGGUCGACAUGUCGCGGCCAAACCCUACGGUGGACGAGGCUCGCAUGAAGAGCAUGCUGGCAUUGGAUGCAAAGGAAGUGGCAGACAGCAGGAAUGACAUCGGCAAGCUCCUGGAGAAGUCGCGACAGCAUGUCGACCAAAAGCACUCCCUGCUUGCUCUGUAUGGCCUGUACCGGCGAAAUGACGAGGCAACCAACGAGAAGGCCAAUGCACAGAAAAAGGCAGAAAAAGCAGCCGCACCGAAGCCCAAGAAGCUGGAACGGCAAGGAACAGGACUCAGCAGAAGUUCGGCUAACAGCUCUUACCCGAGUUCAACGGGGAUCCGUUCUGAAGUAAGCGAGUUUUCCUUGCGCUCGUCGGCAACUUCCAAGCAGCCGGUCAGUCAGGUGCCAUUGCCUCCUCGCCUCAAUGCAGCAGACUUUCGUACACCAGCGAUCGCUGCUGCGGCGGGCCUAGAUCUAUCUGUCGAGGAUGCAUGA